AUGAAGGCUGCCCUUCGCGCACCGCUGCGGGCUUGUGCCAGUCCCGCGACGGUUAUAGGGCAAUCAUGCAAAGCCUCGGUUGCCGCCUUCGCUAGUUCGUCGUACUCUACGCACUCGAUCUUGCCUGUACAUGUUUCGCGAACAUGGUUGAGUCUGGAAUAUUGCGUCGAGCCACAUGCUUUGAACCAAUCUAGUGCACGAUCGCUCUCAACGAGCGCCCCGUUCCUUUCCGUCGCGGAGUCUAGAUCACCACAGACGAUACCUCGUACAAGCCAGACUCCGGCAUAA